AUGGACGAUCCUGAUGUUGAUCCUUUUGAAUUUGAUGAAGCAUCUGACAGUCAGCCAUAUCUGCCAGUCACAUGCGACCAGGGCGGCCGCUGCGACUGCGGGUGCUACGUCAUCGUCUCGGUCGCUACACUCACCUGUCACCAGGUGGCAGGCAGAGAGCGCCACAUGUGCGCCUAUUGCUUUGACGAUAUCGGCCUCUUGCUCGACGAGGGGGUUCGUCGACCUGAUGUCAAGGUUGCUGGCCAGGCGAAGGGCAAAAGCGACUCGUAUAUCGUGACGCUCAACUCCAGCUCGCUGGGUCCACUGUGCGACUACCUUGUGGACAGCACUGCUCAUGUGGUGCUUGCGCAAGAGCGCCAUGUUCCUGAUACCAAGCUUGGCGAGCGACAGUCGCAAGUUGAAGAUACUGGCUGGAGAGGGCUCUGGGGCCCCGCCGUGCCCAAUCAGGAUGGAGGGCCUGGCACCACAGGCGGCGUUGCAGUUUUGGUCAGGUCACAUAUUCCUAUCAAGGCGCCCCCUGGCUGCGCUAGUCACGUCCUUGUCCCUGGCAGGCUUGUGGCUGCACACGUCAUGUCUUUUCUGCCUGGCGGUGUCGUCUUCCUGUCGGCUUAUCUCAAGGACGGCGAAGGAUAUGGACCGUGCAACGCCGAGUUGGUGUGGGAGAUUAUCGAGUACCUCUCAGUGCUCAACGGCAUGCAGAUCCCGUGGGUCAUCGGCGCCGAUUUCAACAUGCCGCUCGCUGCCCUGGACCAGUCCGACUGGAUCGCGGCUGCUGGCGGACUGGCUUUCGUUUCUGAG